AUGUUGACCCAAUCGCAUGCCAAGCGAACCGAAACCACAAGCCAGACAAGCAAUGAUUCCAUGAAUCAUCUAGCCACCGUGGCUCUCUUGCUCCUCCACCUGUGCGCAGCUCCAAUGUCCUCGACGCCUCGUCUCAUGCACAUCAUAUCUCGUGUUCGAGCUACUGCAGGCGAGAUUUCGUGCGCACUAUGCCCCGUGCCACGUACUCUUCUGCCCUUGAGGUCAAAGGACCGCACCAAUCGCUGCAUCGACGGGCAUCGAACUGACUAUGGAACAGCGCAGGAAGAACAUUUUGCUGCUCAUCGCAGGUGCGACGCAAGAGCAGAGCGACUCCGAGCUGUGCUGUGCUGCCGCUGA